GGAAGUUACGAAGUGUCCAGCUGAUGUCGUGACGUAACGCGUGUGACGUUCUCUGUCAGUAGAGCACAAACAAACUCCAACACAACCGAGCAGACAAGAGCUAAACAGCCAUGGCGUUGAACAGAAAUCAUUCCCAAAACGGCGGAGUGUUAAUUAACAACGGUGAAAGUGUAUUAAGAGAAUGUAAGAAUGUGGAGUUGUCAUUCAGUGAUGUCGCCUGUAAAACAGACCUCUUAAAGGGGACCAAGAAGGGCACUGUGUACCUUACACCAUACAGGAUGGUGUUUGUGUCCAGCAAUACAAAGGAUUGCCUGGGUUCUGCCAUGUUCCCCUAUUAUCUGAUGAAGGGCUGCAGCAUCGAGCAGCCUGUGUUUGCUGCCAACUACAUUAAAGGGACGGUGUCAGCUGAGCCGGGUGGUGGCUGGGAGGGUCAGGCCAAUUUCAAGAUGUCAUUCCCAAGUGGAGGAGCGAUCGAGCUGGGCCAGCAUCUCUUCAAACUGGCCACAAAUGCUUCUCGUGGGACUCCUGCGCAGAAUGGCGCCCCGUCAUAUCACGGCUACCCUUCUCCCGGGACGAUGAACGGCUACGGCCCACCUCCGGCUGCUCCACAGGGCUAUCCUUAUGCACCCCCUCCCCAGCAGAAUGGAGUCUAUCCUCCCCCUCCAGCUGCUGGCAACAUGGGCUACCCUUAUCCAACAGCUGCUACAGGAAUGUACCCAGCAGGAUUUGACUACAUGGCUCCACCUCCCCCAUAUCCAGGACCCCCUCAAAACUGGGCUGCACCCCCCCAGAACUGGACAGCUCCAGCACCCCCAGGUGGCCCAGCAAAUGCCAAAGCAGCAGAAGCAGCAGGCAAUGCCUACUACAAUCCCAGCAAUCCACACAAUGUCUACAUGCCCACGGAGCGGCCUCCUCCGUAUGCACCGUAUCCAAACUCUCCUGAAAAGAAAAACAACUAAGACUCAGGCACCACGAUGCUUUCUCUUUAUCUUCCGAUGGAUCCCUGUUAUUGAUAUACCGUGUAUUACAGAACAUCCAAUUCAAUCAAGAAGAACUGGUUGUUUGAGAAUAAAAUCAAGAAGCCCUGUGACAUUUGUGUUGACAUAUAAUUUGACAUCAUGCUGUAAAAGACUCCUGUCUGGAGCUGAAAGGAGGCAGUGGGUCGAGGAAUGUAUUUUUUGUGACGGCUGUAUCACCACACACUUUUACCAGAGGUCAUUCAUUCUUGUAGUUAUUGCUACCACCAGAUUUAUUUGCAGUGUAUUUUUGCAGUAGUCUUUUAAAGUGUAUUUUUCCUAUGCAGUUUUUGAAUUGAGUUUUUUGUUAUUCAAAUAGUAGCAGGAGUGGGUUGAAUAGUUUUUAGUCAUACACUCAUGGCUUUUACAUGUCCUGAUUCUCAUAUUUUCUUCUCCACAUCAGUAGGACCAACACUAUUUCACCAUCGCUCGGUAACUGUAAAAACAUUUUCCAGAUGACCCAAAUUGCACUUUUUUUUGUAUUAAUAAAAUGUCCUCAAAAGUGCAAUAUUUCCCUGUUUACUUUUGAUUUUAGUGGAAAAACGGCUCACCUGAGUGACCCUUUCCUCUUACCCUCUAUUGUAUUCAUGUAUUCACAGGCAAGCUGAAACCAUCCUUGUAAUUAGGCCAGUAUGCAGUUACCAGGCUUCAUCAUUUAGAGAACACUGGUUGUGCUUCCUGUCGUAACUCCCGAGGGCUAAUCAUUUAUUUCUUGUUAAGCAGUUAACACCUAUUUACAGGUCUGCACACUAUUAGAGUAUUUUCUUAGUGUGGAUCUAAAUUUGCUUUAUUCUUGAAUUUGUAAAUUAAUAAUGCUUGGCUGAACUGCUAACUAAAAUAUAAUAAAUAUGUCAUUUAUUGA